AGCAGUGUAAGCCAGUGAAAGUAAAUAGUGUGUAGAUUAGUGUUACUCACAGUUAUUAGGCUAUUGUUAAUUCCAUUUCCUUUAAUACAGCAUGAUGUUUCUCAAUGGCUUUCACAAAACAUGUAAAUUACAAUGCUCUUUUAUAUGUAAAUGUAGGGAAAUGAGAAUUGUGCAUACAUAAAUAAGCUGGUCUUUCGACAUCACCUUAUAUUUGAAUGUCAGGUAGACUCCUCCGUCUGUUUGCUUAGGGAAAUGUCAGGUAGACUCCUCUGUCUGGUUGCUUAGGGAAAUCACUGCAAUCUUCCUCUUCUUUCCUUUCUUCUGUUGACGGGCUUCAACUGGCAAAAUGCAGGAGGUCGGUGAUGCCGGGUCAGUGGUCUGAUUUAGAGGUUAUGGUGGCAGCUGUAACACUACAGAGAGACUCAGCCAAGGUCAUGGAGGUCUGUGAAUUCUCAGAGAAAGAAAAUGAGUUUCGGGGUGAGCUCCUGAAUCAGCGGUGGACGCGAGGCGAGAGGAUCAGCCGCUGCCAGCCCGCACAGAGACUGCAGAGCGGACCAAUCAAAAUGAGUGUGGAGAGUGAUGACACGCGAAGCACACGUACACGCUCCAAGGGAAUCAGAGUUCCUAUAGAGCUUGUUGGACAAGAGCUGAGCUGCCCCACCCCUGGAUGCAAUGGCUCUGGCCACAUCAGUGGGAGAUAUUCACGACACAGAAGUGUGCUGGGCUGCCCCUUGGCCAGGAAGCGACGUCUGGCAGACGCUGAGGCAGAGCAGGACCAGCCGUCCUCUAAAAGGAAGUCCCACCCUCUAAAGCUGGUCAUGGACGAGGGCUUCAGCAUGGACAGUGAUGGGAGCAGCGAAGAGGCAGAGGAGGAGGCCAAAGAGGAGGAGAAAGAGGAGGACGAGAAGGAGGAGAAGACAGAAGACCUGACCCAGGAACAGCCACAGCACGAAGAAGAAACCGAGGAGGAGCAGGAGGAAAGGCAGGAGAAGGAGACAGAGGAGAGGGAGAACACAGAUCAGGAAGAGGAGGAGAACACAGAUGCAGCUGAUGCAGAUGAAGAGGAAUGUAUGAUCAUUGAGCCGGUAUCUAGUAAAACAGCUUGCAAAGCUGAAGAGGGGGAAUGGCCUAAGAGAGAGGACUACUCCAGCUACCAUCAGAUCCUAGCCAACUCUCUACUCCACCUGGGCGGGGUCCCCGACACCACAGAGACCACCUCACACGAGCCCGUUACCAUGGAGACGGAGGAAGAUGUCACAGCUGUGAAGCACUCCGUUGUGGUAGUGGAACACUCAGAGGCGCAGGAGGAAGAGGAGGAGGGACAGGAGGAGGAAGAGGAGGAGCAGCAACCUGCAGAGAAAGAGGAGGAGGAGGAGGAAGAGGAGGAGGAAGAGGAAGAUGAGGAAGAGGAGGAGGAUGAGGAGGGAAGUGUUAAAGUAAGUGAAGAACCUUCUGUUGUAGAUAGGGUGGAGGAGGAAGAGGAGGAGGAGGAGGAAGAUGAGAUUGAGGAGGCUAGAGAGGCUGUGACACAGAGAACCUUUGACCACCCAUACUUCACUGGAGACAUCCACCAGCAGCAGGACAAGGCUGAGGAAGAUGAAGAGGAGGAAGAGUAUGAAGAGGAGAGAAGGGAAGCAAAGCUCCAGCCACAUGAAAUACUAGAGGACGAGGAGGAGGAGGAGGAUGAAGAUGACAUUGAGGAGGUGGACGUGAGAGUGCACCCUGUCUUCCUGCCCACCACCAUCACUGCAGCAGCUCAGGGACCAGCCACACAGAGGGAGAGAGAAGAGCACAGGGCCAGGACUACAGAGGAUUACAUCUCCCACAGGACCAGCCACCUAGAGAACUACAACCCCCACAGGACCAGCCUACUGGAGAACUACAACCCCCACAGAGUCAGCCCCUUACAGCACUACACCUCCCAUAAGGCUUCAGCAGCCUCUGACAUCAUCGAGGUGCGUUCAGAGGAUUCGGGUAGGGACUAUGAUGAAGAAGAUGGUGAUGAGGAGGAAGAAGAUGACAGUUUGUCUCAGAGGUGGACAGAUGAGUCAGAGAUGUAUGAUAUGACCCGGGGCAACCUGGGGCUUCUGGAGCAGGCCAUCGCCCUGAAGGCAGAACAGGUGAAGGGGCCUCGCGACCUCCUCCUCCUCCGUCACCCCGUCGUCACCCCAGAGCACCACCACCGCUACUUCACCAUGGACGACCGGCCCAAACACCUGGAAACCAUGCGCAAGAGCUACUUCAGCAGUAAAGCUGUCUCUACAGAGGGCAGCAGGCCAGAGAAGAGGGAGAUCAAAUGCCCCACCCCUGGCUGUGACGGGACUGGUCAUGUUACUGGACUCUACCCCCACCACCGCAGCCUGUCUGGCUGUCCUCACAAGGACAGGAUCCCCCCUGAGAUCCUGGCCAUGCAUGAGAACGUGCUGAAGUGUCCGACUCCAGGCUGCACCGGACAGGGCCAUGUCAACAGCAACCGCAACACCCACCGCAGUUUGUCAGGAUGCCCCAUCGCAGCCACAGAGAAGCUGUCCAAGAGCCACAACCUUGACAAGCAGCAUCUCUCCCAGCCAAUCAGAGAGCACCUCAAAGAAAGUCCCAACAACAAUGACAGAGUUUUAAGGCCCAUGUGUUUUGUGAAGCAGCUGGAAGUACCUCACUAUGGGCAGUACAGGCCCAAUAUGGUGCCUGCCACACCUCGUGCCAACCUGGCCAAGGAGCUGGAGAAGUACUCCAAGGUCUCCUUUGAUUAUGCAAGCUUCGACUGUCAGGUGUUUGGGAAACGCAUGCUUGCUCCAAAGAUACCGACCAGCGAAGCCUCACCCAAAGCCUUCAAAUCUAAAAUCUCGUCCCCCAAGUCUUCUUCUCCCAGCCUCAGCCUGCAUGGAGGUUAUGGAAAGACUGCCUCCUCUUCUGCCUACGACUACUCCCAUGAAGCCCAGGCAGCCCACAUGGCUGCCACCGCUAUCCUAAACCUGUCCACACGCUGCUGGGAGAGGCCUGAGAACCUGAGCACCAAGCACCAGGACCUGGCUAGCAAGAGUAUGGACAUCGAGGUGGACGAGAAUGGGACUCUUGACCUGAGCAUGAAGAAGCCCGUCAAACGAGAGGGCACCAGCCCAGGGUUGUGUUCCCCGGACCCCUCCUCCUCCUCAUCUUCCCUGCACCACGGAGGCAGCAGUGGCAUGACCUCGCCCCACACGGGCCACGCCUACAAACAGGAACACUGGGAGGAGCCUCUGGACUACACCAAACCUAACCGCCAGCGGGAGGAGGAUACAGAGGAGAUGGAGCACCACACAGCGCAGUCGUUUGCCUCGUCCGACCCUGAGGACAUGGACCUGAUGCAGGACUACCCCGAGGAGAGGAAGUACCCUGGAGAGGUCACCACCCCAAACUUCAAGGUCCAGUUCCAACAGCCAAAGGAUUGCAAGAAAGAUGUGCUCCUGUGCCCCACUCCUGGCUGUGACGGCAGUGGCCACAUCACCGGAAACUAUGCAUCCCAUCGCAGUCUUUCUGGGUGUCCUCUUGCUGAUAAGAGUCUUCGGUCCCUCAUGGCGACCCACUCUGCUGAACUCAAGUGCCCCACUCCAGGAUGUGAUGGUUCAGGACAUAACACUGGAAACUACGCCUCCCACAGAAGUUUGUCUGGGUGCCCCCGUGCCAAGAAAGGUGGAUUAAAAACAUCUCCCACCAAGGACGACAAGGAGGACUCCGAGCUCUUAAAAUGCCCUGUGCCUGGCUGUGACAGCCUAGGUCACAUCAGUGGGAAGUACGCCACGCAUCGCAGUGCCUAUGGGUGCCCGCUAGCUGCCCGCAGGCAGAAGGAAGGGAUGCUCAACGGUAACCCCUUUUCCUGGAAGUCCUUCAAGACGGAGGCCCCCACCUGCCCCACCCCCGACUGCGAUGGAUCAGGACAUGCCAACGGCAGCUUUCUCACACACCGCAGUCUCUCUGGCUGUCCCAGAGCCUCCUUUGCCAAGAAGAAAGCCAAGUUCCCUGGAGAGGAGUACCUGAGCACCAAGUUCAGGGCCAGUGGCGUUCUGGAUAAUGACGAGGACAUGAAGCAACUCAACAAGGAGAUCAAUGAGCUCAACGAGACCAACAACGAGAUGGAGACAGACAUGGUGAACCUGCAGACACAGAUCUCAUCCAUGGAGAAGAACCUGAAGAACAUUGAGGAUGAGAACAAGCUGAUUGAGGAGCAGAAUGAGGCUCUCUUCGUGGAGCUAUCUGGCCUCAGCCACGCCCUGAUCCGCAGCCUGGCCAACAUACGUCUCCCACACAUGCAGGAGCCAAUCACUGAGCAGAAUUUCAACAGCUACUUGAGCACCCUGACUGACAUGUACACCAACAAGGAGUGCUUCCAGAACCCGGAGAACAAGGCUCUGCUGGAGAGCAUCAACAAGGCUGUGAAGAGCAUCAAGGUGUGAAAACCUUGAAAAAAAAAGUGAAAACAUGUAAAAGGAGAGAUGGAGUCAAGAGACCACAGUAUAUUUACCGAGAAUACAAAUACAAAAAGGGCAUUCAGGUUUUAUAAACGACAACUUAAAUUAAACCCAGGGAGCAUUCUGAAAAGAAGAAAAACUUAACUAGGACCAAAAUCCAAACCUGCUGCUUGCUGGGAUCGGAAGGAGGAAGUGGAACGGAACCAAACCUUCAGUUUGAAUUGAUGAAAAAAAAAUCUAUAUCUGGGGAUUUUUUGUUUGUUAUAUGUUAUCUUUGUCGUUUUCAUGUCUGUCCUGUUUUGGAGGUGUCUCAUUGACUGUCCCAAUGUAUACUGUAAUUCAAGCUUUAGUUCAGCAACAAUUUGGAGAAGAACGAAAGAAAGAAAGAUGGGAAGUAGUGGGUCUGACCUGCCUACAUGAGGUGAAGAAAACCGUUGAGGAAAUAUCAAAAACCAAGCCGAUGAAACGCCAACGUUGUGUUCUAGGGAAGACACUAAGGCUUCAUUCAGAAAGGUUGCUCUGGGGCAGGAUAAGGAGGGUUGCUCUGGGGCAGGAUAAGGAGGGUUGCUCUGGGGCAGGAUAAGGAGGGUUGCUCUGGGGCAGGAUAAGGAGGGUUGCUCUGGGGCAGGAUAAGGAGGGUUGCUCUGGGGCAGGAUAAGGAGGGUUGCUCUGGGGCAGGAUAAGGAGGGUUGCUCUGGGGCAGGAUAAGGAGGGUUGCUCUGGGGCAGGAUAAGGAGAGCGUGCUUGUGAGCGGUGCAGCAACCCCUAUUGAGGAGAAGCAAAUGGAGAAUCACUGAACUCUGAGGUCUUCUUGAGCAAUGGUUCAUGUACUUAUUGUUGUUACUACUGCAGCAAGAUGUCAACACGGCUCUAUGUCUCAAAUCAGCGGAACAACUCUUCAAAUGAAGAUUAAGUCACAAAUCACGGGGGAGUUUUUCUCUUCUGAAAAUCAACAGUACAGCCUGUACUAUAUUUUUAAUGGAACAACUGGUGUGUGAGAGCAGCAAAUUCAGCCUUUUUUCUUUGAACUGAAUGAUGAUAGUAAUGGUCAAUUCCAGUUAGUUUUAUGAACAUAGAAAUUGCACUUCAUUUCAAUUAAUAGUUUGUGGUACAAUAAUUCUUGUUAUAUAAAUUAUAAAACAUUUGUGAAUGCACAAAAUUGUAAUUUAUUGCCAUUUUAUGUUAAACUACUUGUAUUUAUUUAAUGUUAUCUAUUUAUUCACUUUAUUUUUUUGUUUUGUGAAACGCAAAAUGCAACCCUGCUGGUCUAAUCAUGGCCAUAAAGAUUUAAAACAGGGAGUCUUCGACAUCAAUAUUUAAAAAUCUAUAUAGAUAACUGUUCACACUUAAUUAUUUUAUAUAUCUUAUUUUAUUUUAAAUCUUUUUUUUAAACAUUUUUAAGUGCAGAUAUUUUAUAACUGACAAAGUUUUGAUAAUUUUAUAAAACUGUUUUCAUUUCUGUUAUUUCUGUUAUGAUAAAGUAUCUUCAGAAAAUCCACAGCUUAAAAAGAAAGUAUGUAUUUAUUAUUUAUUUAAUAUUGAGGAAAUUGACUGUCAUAUGGUUGUAUAUUUAUUUAGUAAUUUCUGUGUGUGCUGUGAUGGCUGAGUCUUAGUAGUCUUAAAAUCCAUUGCUAAUAUUUAAAUAAAGAAAAAAACAUGGCCCGAAAGAAAAUCAUAGAAUAUUGUUUGAUUUGCUUUCAUAGAUAUACCAGCAGUUAUUCCUAAGCAGAAUAACCAACAAAGCAGUCACUGUUCUGUUGGUAUCAGAUUGUCUUUGUGUCAGCAAGGAGUUGUUUGCGUUUUGUCAGGAAAAAUAAGACCAAGAAAAUAGAAGGAUAAUAUGUUUCUUCCCCGAGCGCUUUGUAGUGGCCAACACUGGCUAACCCAAAACAUCUUUAAUGUACCAGAGAUGUUUUAAUGCCUUUUGAUCAAAUAUUUUUUCUCUGUUUAUUCUUUUCUCUAAAUGUCUUGGGCAGAAACUCCAUAGAGCUCUGUUCCAGUGUGUUCUAGAGCUCUGUUCAAGUGUGUUCUAGAGCUCUGUUUCAGUGUGUUCUAGAGCUCUGUUCCAGUGUGUUCUAGAGCUCUGUUGAAGUGUGUUCUAGAGCUCUGUUCCAGUGUAUUCUAGAGCUCUGUUCAAGUGUGUUCUAGAGCUCUGUUCCAGUGUGUUCUAGAGCUCUGUUCCAGUGUGUUAUAGACUAGAUGUCUGUGUCUAAAACACUUUAAGGAAAAACUAAACCAUCAAGGAGAAUGACAACUAAUAUCAGAUCCACUACGCCCAUGUAGCCUUAUUUUAGAUUUCAUUUGUUGAUGCAUAAAGUGCCACAAACCCCUCACUUUCUUUCCUGAUUCUUUGCAUUCUGCAAUGUACAAUGUCUAGUCACGUGACAUGACCAGGGCGUCAGACCGAGAGUUGGGAUUGUUUCAGAUGCCUUUGUUUCUUUGCCAAGAUGGCCAUAAGUACACUGUAUAUACAUUCUGUAUAAAUAGACAUUUAAAAGCUAUAUGAAUAGAAACAUGCAUAUAUUUUUCCAGUGUAAUUGUUGCCUCUUUUCCUCUUCUGUUAGCUUAUCAGAGGAACUACACCUGUCUGAGAUUUGUGACGAAUAGAGGCGGAUAUGACUGUGGCUUUUUAGGUUUCCUUUUCUAUGGAUUUCUCUCUAUCUUUGAUCCAGACAUGGUGAAAAUGCUAACGCAUGUUGUAGUGAAUCUGAAAUGCUAACGCAUGUUGUAGUGAAUCUGAAAUGCUAAUGUAUGUUGUAGUGAAUCUGAAAUGUCUGUAAUCUUAACUAAAUGGUUGGCUCUUCGUUCAAGUGUCCUGUGAGUGAGUUCAUGCAUAGAGGCCUCUUUGGUCACAUUGGCGUUAUAUUGUGCAGUACUGUGUCGUUGUGAUAAGAUUAUGAUAAGGUCAGUUCUCAAACACAGAUCACAACGUUAAAAAGCCAAUAGGGAAAGUGUAGUACUUGCUCUUAGUGAUCUGUUGCAACUAGUAGGAGACCCUGUGAAAAUAUGAUGAGGUAGCCUAGUGGGAGACCCUGUGAUAAUAUAAUGAGGUAGCCUAGUGGGAAACCCUGUGAUAAUAUAAUGAGGUAGCCUAGUGGGAGACCCUGUGGUAAUAUAAUGAGGUAACCUAGUGGGAGACCCUGUGGUAAUAUAAUGAGGUAACCUAGUGGGAGACCCUGUGAAAAUAUGAUGAGGUAACCUAGUGGGAGACCCUGUGGUAAUAUAAUGAGGUAGCCUAGUGGGAGACCCUGUGAAAAUAUGAUGAGGUAACCUAGUGGGAGACCCUGUGGUAAUAUAAUGAGGUAGCCUAGUGGGAAACCCUGUGAUAAUAUAAUGAGGUAGCCUAGUGGGAGACCCUGUGAUAAUAUGAUGAGGUAACCUAGUGGGAGACCCUGUGGUAAUAUAAUGAGGUAGCCUAGUGGGAGACCCUGUGAUAAUAUGAUGAGGUAGCCUAGUGGGAGACCCUGUGGUAAUAUAAUGAGGUAGCCUAGUGGGAGACCCUGUGGUAAUAUAAUGAGGUAGCCUAGUGGGAAACCCUGUGAUAAUAUAAUGAGGUAGCCUAGUGGGAGACCCUGUGAUAAUAUGAUGAGGUAACCUAGUGGGAGACCCUGUGAUAAUAUAAUGAGGUAGCCUAAUGGGAGACCCUGUGAUAAUAUGAUGAGGUAGCCUAGUGGGAGACCCUGUGAUAAUAUAAUGAGGUAGCUUAAUGGGAGACCCUGUGAUAAUGGGUAGUGUAAUUAGCUUUCAGAAAGUGUAAUGAAACUCUCUUGUGUAUUUUUUUUUAAACCAUUGAAAGUGCCAGCAUUUGAGUAUGGACUUCUAAUAGCACACUGGGUUAUGGCCACUAGGAAUGUACUGGUACUCACCCCAGCAGAGAGAGAAAAAGAGAAACAAAGACCUGCAUAUUCACCCUGUUUGUGUUUUAAUGUACAGUACCAGUCAAAAGUUUAGACACACCUACUCAUUCAAAGUUUUUCUUUAUUUUGACUAUUUUCUACAUUGUAGAAUAAUAGUGAAGGCAUCAACACUUUGAUAUAACUCAUAUGGAAUCAUGUAGUAACCAAAAAAAGUGUUAAACAAAUCUAAUUAUAUUUUAGAUUGCAGAAUCUUCUAAGUAGACACCCUUUGCCUUGAUGACAACUUUGCCCACUCUUAGCAUUCUCUCAACCAGCUUCACCUGGAAUGCUUU